AUGGCAUCAUGGUAUGGCUCUCCUCCUCCUCCUCCCUCCACAGUCAUCAUCUUGGACAUGAGGAACCAUUCUACCAUUGCAAUAUUCAACCUGGUGGGUCUAUCCAGCUCCCCUGAACAUCAGAUGCUCCUUUUCUGGGCCUUCAUCUGCAUCUAUGCUGCAGCACUGGUUAGCAAUCUCCUCAUCAUCCUCGCCAUUAGCACUUGUCACAAGCUCCAUACACCAAUGUACUUUCUGCUUAUCAAUUUGUCUGUAAUAAAUGUAUGUUCUAUUUCCAUUACUGUUCCCAAAAUGCUACAAACCAUUUUGUCACAGAAAAAGAGCAUCACCUUUGUGGGCUGCAUUGCGCAAGUCUAUCUUUUCACACUGGCUUUAGGGACCGAGCUUCUGCUCCUUGCAUUCAUGGCCUUUGACCGGUACGCUGCGAUCUGCCAUCCUCUCCAGUAUACAGUCAUCAUGAGAAAGGAGUUUUGUUUUGGGACCAUGGCUGGCCUGUGGCUCACAGGUAUGAUCAAUUCGGCAGUUCACACCGGACUUGUUCUACAGCUUUCUUUCUGCAGCUCCAACCUCGUCAAUCACUUCUUCUGUGGGCUGCCACCUUUGUUCAAGAUCUCCUGUUCAAGCACAAGUCUUAAUGAAACCAUGGUUUUUGCAGCUUCUGUGCUCAUUGCUAUAGGUAGCUGUGCAUUGACAUUAACCUCCUACUGGCUUAUCGUGAGGACCAUCCUCAAAAUCCGUUCUACAGAAGGAAAAAUGAAAGCCUUCUCUACAUGUUCUUCCCAUGUCUUGGUGGUCAGCAUUUACUAUUCUACAAUACUUUACACUUUCCUUCGGCCUACUUCAGCUUAUUCUUUAGAAGAAGACAAGGUUAUUGCUAUCCUUUACUCAGUAGUGACUCCAGUCCUUAACCCACUCAUAUAUUCUCUGAGAAACACUGAUGUUAAAGCGGCUCUCACACAGCUAGUAGUCAAAAGGCUCUUGCACAUAGAUUAA